AUGGCGACAAUAAGUGUUAGCUUUGCAGUAUUAGGAGUGGAAGCAUUCAUAAAUUGGACGAGUCCAGCUCUUCCACAUUUGAAGACUGAAAAUUCUGAGAUCCAAGUAACUGAUGAACAAGGAACAUGGAUAGCAUCGAUUUACAACCUUGGUGCAAUUGCUGGUAUUCCCUUAUAUCCAUUUAUAUUCAACUUCACAGGUCGCAAACAAACUUUGUUACUACUCUCUGUAUUUCAAAUAAUUUGUUGGGUUAUGAUCAUUUUCGCGCCAAAUGUAGAAACCUUGUAUGUGGCACGAUUCCUGGGUGGUCUCACAUGCCAAGCAUUCUACAAAGUUGGGCUAACAUACAUUGGAGAAAUAGCAGAAAGAAAGAUCAGAGGUUCCUUGAUAGUAAUAUCUAGAAUUUUUGCCCGAACGGGAAAUUUAUAUAUUAAAACUGCUGGGGCUCUCCUUUCCUACAGGAAUAUGAACAUACUGAUGCUUUCAACACCUAUUAUCUUUUUUUGUAUAUUCCUCUUCAUGCCAGAGAGUCCACAUUUUCUCCUGAACAGAGGCCAAAAGACCGAGGCUUGGAAAACCCUUUCUAAACUAAGAGGUACGGAGAAACCUGAAAUCCUGAAUCCUGAUUUUAAAAAAAUGCAAAGGGACAUAACUCAAAAUAAGAAUCAGGAUAUGUUUGCUUUUCGAAAACUAUUUUGUGUUAGAGGAAACAGGAGAGGUCUAUUCAUAAUUCUUCUUACUUAUACGACCUCGUCUUUCUGUGGUAGCCCAGCUAUUAAUUCCUACACGGAAGAGAUUUUUGGUUACAUUGACUUACCCCUGGAACCAAAAUACUCUGCUACGAUAUUAGCAGGUAUUAAUGUAUGUGUAAUGUUCUUUUCUCUUCUACUCGUGGACCGAAUGGGAAGAAGAGUAUUGGCUUUAUCCUCGGGAAUAAUAUCCACUAUUGCUUUGGUAACUGUGGCCUGCUUCUUUUUUAUGAAGUUGAUCCUGUUUAUCGAAACUACUUCUUGUAAAUGGAUGGUAGUAGCUGGCUUUAUAGUUUUUACUUCUGGAGUAGAAGUCGGUGCUAAUACAAUUAGCAGCGUGAUGUUAAGUGAACUCUUAGCAUUAGAUGUUAAAGGAACAGGAAUAUUGUGUAUUACUUUUGCAGGACAAUCUUACGAUUUCGUAGUUAGAUCUACUUUCCUGUGGUUCAAUUCCAUUGCUGGUAUUUAUACAAAUUUUUUGGUCUAUGCCGUUUUUUGUUUUGUUGGCAGCUUAACUUUUUUUUUCAUUGCGCCUGAAACGAAAGAUAAAUCUUUAGAAGAGAUUCAAGAUAUUCUUCAUGCAAGAAAAAGUGAAGAUAAAGCUGAUAAAUGA